GAGAGAGAGAGAGAGAGAGAGAGAGCGCAUCUUCACUGGUCUCUGCCUCAUCCAUCCUUUCAUCCCCCUCUGGGUCUCCAGUGCGUGUUCUCAUCACCGGUGACUGUGCGGGUGGAUUAUCAGCAGGACCGGGAGACGAGACGCAGAAGAUCCACACCAUUGGGAGGGGGGGAUUCACCGUUAUUCUUCCUUCAGGGAUAGGUGGCCUCUACUGAAGAACUGUCAGGCAAAGCAUCAGGUGCUUCUGCUACUGGUACGCACAUCAGGACAUCACAUGCUUUUGUGUGAAGCCACCAGUCAAGGAGGAAUCAUUCUGCUGCAUGGAACAAGAACCAGUUCCAGUAGGAUCAUCCUGCCACACAGAACAGGAAGGCAGAAGAACUAUCUGGCCACAGAGAAUCAUAUCAGGAAAGAACCAUUUGUCCACAGAACAAUCGGAAGAAGAACCUCCUGGCCACGUAAAACCAUUCAAAGGAGAACAUUUUGGUCUCUCACAACCAUCCAAAGAAGAACCUUCUGGCCACUUAAAACCACCCAAAGGAAAACCUUUUGGUAGGUCAGAACCAUCCAAAGAGGAACUAUCAUUUCUCAAAAGGCCCUCACCCAGCGACUGCUUGGGCUCAGGGAGAGGUGCCCACCAGUCAAGCCAAGGGCUGUCCUCUCUCUCCCCUUCAUCACUGCAGCCUAUGGCAAAGCCAGCACACCACCAUAGCCAAAGGGCCAACAAAGUAACCUUGGGAAGUUUCCUUUUAACUUGAGCGUCACCAGCAAUAUUGUUUUCCUCUACUGUACAGAAGUUAGCUUGUAGAGUUAACAUUUCCUGGAAGACAGGCAUUAGGAGAGUCUCUGAGUCUGCUGUUCAGGCUGGAACCAGUCUCACCAGGCAGCUCAUCAUCAGAGUUACAUGGAGUCUUGCUGUGCUCUCGCUGGACAGAACAUGACUAGUGAGGCCUCUUGCUAUAUCUUCUGAGGAAGCAUACCAGCACAGUGACACGAUGAUGAUGAUGAUGAUGAUGAUGAUGAUGAUGAUGACGAUGACGAGGGGGUGUGGGCCACACGGCGCCGUGCUCUGAGAGACACAAAGGACAGAGCACGGGUGCUGCUGGUGCUGGUGCUGGCACACCGCUCACAUGAUGGCCAGAUCUGGGCCCGGUCCAAUGGCCGGUCCCGUGACCUACCCACCGCCACCCAACGCCACCACACCACCAUGGGUGACACCCACGCGACCCACGCCGCCCAACAUGGAGGUGGUGACGGACUCGCAGUCGCAGAUCAAGGACCUGGUGGGCCUCUUCUGCAUGGUGACCCUCAACCUGGCGGCGUUGCUGGGCAACACCGGCUUGAUGGUGGCCAUCGCGCGGGCACCGCACAUGAAGAAGUUUGCCUUUGUGUGCCACCUGUGCGCCGUGGACCUGCUGUGUGCCAUCCUGCUCAUGCCCCUGGGCAUCAUCACCAGCUCGCCGUACUUUGACACCGUCUCCUUCACCGUGCUGGAGUGCCAGGUCUUCAUCUUCCUCAACGUCUUCCUCAUCUGUGCCUCCAUCUUGACAGUCACAGCCAUCAGUGUGGAGAGAUACUACUACAUUGUGCACCCCAUGCGCUAUGAGGUCAAGAUGACCAUCAACCUGGCGGUGGGCGUGAUGGUGCUGAUCUGGGUCAAGUCCAUCCUGCUGGCCAUGGUGAGCCUGUUUGGAUGGCCUGCGUACGGCCACCAGAGCUCCAUCGCGGCCUCCCACUGCUCCCUGCACUGGAGCCACAGCCGGCUGCGCAAGGUCUUCGCCGUGCUCUUCUGCACCCUCUGCUUCGUGCUGCCUGCCGUCGUCAUCUUCGCCGUCUACUGCAACGUCUACAAGGUGGCACGUACAGCAGCGGCUCGUCAGCAGGUACAAGUGCCCACCUGGGUGGCCAAUGUAGCGGGCAAGAAGGCGCGACGCAAGGACUCUGUGAACAGCCAGACGACCAUCAUCACCACCACCCCACACAGCAGCUCCAGCUCCAGCUCCUCCAUCGCCAUGGGCCGCAGCCUGCCCCAGAGGCUCUCCUCAGAACGGGUGUUUGGGGGUGGCAAGGCAGCGGUGACCCUGGUGGUGAUCGUGGGCCAGUUCCUGGUCUGCUGGCUGCCCUACUUCACCUUCCACCUGCACCUGUCCCUCUCCACGCCCCUGCAGAGCCCAGGGGACAUUGAGGAGGUGGUCACCUGGCUGGCCUUCUCCUCCUUCGCAGUUAACCCCUUCUUCUAUGGCCUGCUCAACCGGCAGAUCCGCGAGCAGCUGGUGAGACUGGGCCGGUGCUGCGGGGCGAGCCGGCCCGUGGAGCUGGGCGGGGGAGGGGGCGGCACCACGUCCUCCCUGAGCCAGGAGGGCGGCUCCCUCCAGGAGAACUUCCUUCAGUUCCUGCAGAGGACCGGCAGCAGCGCCACGGCAACGGCCACGGCAGCAGUGACAGUAAUGGCAACAGACGAGGCCGAGACCACACGCACCACCAGUGCAGCCUGCUCCACCCCGCGGAACACGCUAGAAGAGCAAGGUGUCAGGAUACCUGGACAGAUACCAGAGGAAUACAGCUGAGAUACACUACUAUGCUCUCCUUCCUCUAACCUGCAGAGUUGGUAUUCUUGGUGGACUAAAGAGAGGACAUCAGGAUACGCCAACAGAUCUCAAGGAAGUACAUCUGGGAUAGACAACACUCUCUCUCUCCCCUGUCCUGCAGUAUGUAUAUUCCUAGGGGACAAAAGACUGCCAAAAGAGUGCCAGGUCCCCCAGACAGCUCCCCACAGUUUGAAUGGCUCUCAAUGCGUUCAUUUUUAACUUUUUAAUGAAGGUGAUAUUUUCACCAGGGUCUCUGGUUGAGACAGCCCUAUCCACGUUGCUGCCUGAUGGGCUGUGUUGUUGUGCAUAUGCAUUACUGUUCAUGGACAUAAGACAGGUUGAUAUCAGGCUCACCACACACACCCCAGAUGAAAACAGGACCCCAUAGGUCUGCAGUAAAAAAUAUGCACACUGUAUUUUAAAUGUUCACUAAAACGUCAGAAACAAAUCCCAGACUAAAGAGCUUGGUCUCUGGGCUGUGUGUUGUCCAAAAUGUUGUUUUUUAAUUCCAUAAAAGACAAGGUAACAUUUCAACGUUGGGCCCAGGAUGACAUACCGUAUAGUACCCACCCUCUCAUGACUGUGCAGAAAGACUCUCUUUCUCCCACAAUUGCUUCCAAAAAAGUAUUUAUUUCAUAGAAAAGGCAGCAGACAAGGCAACAUUUCAACCACAGUGUGAAAAGAAAUGGCACCCUGCCACACCUACAAUGUUGUUCAGCCGUUUGAGGUUAACUCUAAGCCAGGGUAACAACAGCCUUUUUUGGAUGAUACUUUACCGGCAAAGAUGCUGCGUGAGAAGGUUUGCCUCAUGAGAAAUGUUGGAGUAUACUGUCUGUACACCUGUAGCUGACCCAUAGAUGCCAGUGUUUGGAGCCACUGAUGGAGCAUUUCAAUACAGUUUUCCAUACAGUAACCCAUGUGGUUGCGUCAUUCCCUCAGCAAAGGAUGAGACCUGCCAUCCUGGCCAAAAGACGCUUUUUGGACCAACUAUUUUUCUUUGCCGAUUUUGCAUAAGUUUAUGGAGCAUUCAUUUAAAAAUUGGUGGUGAUGUUUACAUACCAAACCGUUAUCCUGUAAGAAAUUCCCCCAACUAACUUAUUGUUAUUGAUUAUAACACUGCCUGUCAGAUGUGAUUGCCUAUGGAACACAAGGUAAUUCAGAUCUGAUGAACUUAAAUUUAAGCAUUUGAUUACGUAAUUUGAAAUGUUACCAUCUCAGUGUUUAGAGACUAACCAAAUACUGCACAUCUUAAAUGACACUGUGUUUUAAAAUGCAUUAAAACGGCUUCAC